AGUUCUUGACCGGAGAGAAUUACGGACUUCUCCUUGACGUUCGGAAUAGAGUCUUGGGUGCCGGCAGCGCGGAAAGAGUAACAGCAUCUCUCAUGGAAUGGCGCGAAUGGAAAGCCGUCGACAAAUGGGCCCUUGUCUCGGAAGGCGGCAACCAUACAGCUCCACACAUGGACAGCCACGGCUAUGCUACAUGGAUUACAGUCCAAGAGGGGUCCAUUGGGUUUGGAUGGAUGGCAUGCCCGACCAAAGAAGAACGAGAAGCAUGGAUGGCCGAACCUGACCGAUAUACCGAGGGCCCGUAGCGGUACAUUAUCCUUGAGCCGGGCCAGACCGUUUUUUUUUGGAUCAGGUACAAUUCACUUUGUCUUUCGACUGCGGGAAUAUCAAACCUUGGCUUUUGGUGGCCACGUACUCCAGUGGUCUAGUAUCCAGCGCUGGAUCCAAGUCGUUCUUGCUGAGUGGAAGAACCCGGCAACGACGAAUGAGGAGAUGAGGAAGACUGCGCCGAGACUCGUCCGUGCAGUAGUAGAGCUUGUCGAAGCCAAGGUAAAGGAAUCUGGGGCGGAAGAUCUGGGUGGCAACGACGCAAUCGGACGAUUCAGGGAAUCUGUAAAGGAAUUCGAGAAGUUGUGUACCCCUAGGAGGCCAAGGCGCCCUUUGUCAGAUGCCUGAGUCAUGAUGCUUUCAUGGCGGAAAACGACCCUGGAUGCGAUGUUGUAGGUAAUAAAUGAUAUAGAAAGC